AUGACUCCUUUCAAGUAUCUUCGAGCAGAGGACACUACAGGUGCGAUCACUGUAAUUAAUCGAACUAACAAUUCUACAGGACCGGCUGCCUAUGCAAACGCGGACCCUGUAAAUGAAAGUAACAAAAAAAGGGGCUCCUCCGAGCCAAAUCAGAAACCUGUAGAUCAAGUCAAUAAAAAGAGUUGCUCCGAGGCGAAGAAUGAUGUCAGUAAAAUAAAAGGGAAGUUGGAUGAGUUUGAAGAUCAACUGUCGAAGAUAGUGGGAUUGGAUGACCUCAAACUUCAGUUCAAGACAUGGGCUAAGGGUAUAGUCAUGGACGACAAGCGUCGAGCCAUGGGGACAAAUCUUGGACCAAGAAAACAACCUCACAUGGUAUUUCUUGGAAAUCCCGGGACAGGCAAGACAAUGGUAGCUCGGAUCUUAGGGAAACUACUCCAGUCUAUUGGUGUGCUUUCUUCUGAUAAAGUGAUAGAAGUACAAAGAACCGAUUUGGUAGGAGAGUACAUUGGUCAAAAGGGACCCAAGACUAGAAAAAAAAUUGUAGAGGCUAUGGGUGGUAUUUUGUUCGUGGAUGAAGCAUAUCAAUUAGUACCUACGCAGAGGACAGGUAACUACAAGGACUUUGGUGUGGAAGCGUUGGAAGAGAUUAUGUCCGUGUUGGAAGAUGGGGAUAUUGUCGUCAUUUUUGCAGGCUAUACCGAGCCGAUGAAGCUCGCCUUGUCUUCAAACCAAGGAUUGUGCAGAAGAGUGACUAACUUUUUCCAAUUUGAUGAUUUUACGUGUAAGGAUCUUGCGCAGAUGCUGAUGCUGAAGAUGACUAAGCAAGACGAAAGGAGCCGACUUUACGGGUUUAAACUCCAUCCUUCAUGUACUUGUGACGCUGUUCUUCAAGUGAUACAGAACAACUCCACGGAGCAGUUGCGGAGUAAAAUGAAUGGAGGUUUGGUGGAUCAUAUGCUGAACAAUGCUAGAGAAAAUCUUGAUUCGAGGCUGAAUUUGGAUUCGAUAGGCGAUGAACUAUUGACAAUCACGUUAAGCGAUUUGGAGGCUGGAAUUACAAUGUUAUCAAAACGGGCGAAUGUCGACUCAAAGUGAUUAAAAAAAUGGAAAUGUCGGUAGAGUGUUUCUCUUUUAUAUCAUUCUAUAAUGCGAGAAGAAUUUGUAGUACGAAAGGCAUUUUUUCCUAGGAAGAAUUUAUUAUUUUGUCUUG